GGGGCGGGGGCCGGGGCGGGGAGUGGGGGUGGGGCGGGGGGGGGGAGGCGGCGGGGCCGGGACUCCAUUUGCCGCGGCGGGAGGCUUCGCUUCCCUCAGAGCAGCGACGCGGGCGCCGCCGGCCUCGUCUGUUGCCGCGGGUGCCGGGCGAGAGGAGCACGGAAGGAGCCAUGGCUCUGGACGGGAUAAGGAUGCCAGAUGGCUGCUACGCGGACGGAACGUGGGAACUGAGCGUCCAUGUCACGGACUUGAACCGUGAUGUCACCCUGAGAGUGACCGGAGAGGUGCACAUCGGAGGGGUGAUGCUGAAGUUGGUGGAGAAACUCGAUGUAAAAAAGGAUUGGUCUGACCAUGCUCUCUGGUGGGAAAAGAAGAGAACUUGGCUGCUUAAGACUCACUGGACCUUGGAUAAGUAUGGCAUCCAGGCAGACGCCAAGCUUGAGUUCACGCCCCAGCACAAGCUGCUCCGGCUACAGCUUCCCAACAUGAAAUACGUGAAGGUGAAAGUGAACUUCUCUGACCGAGUCUUCAAAGCUGUGUCGGACAUCUGCAAGACUUUCAAUAUAAGACACCCUGAAGAACUCUCUCUCUUAAAAAAACCCAGAGAUCCCACAAAGAAGAAAAAGAAAAAGCUAGAUGACCAGUCUGAAGAUGAAGCGCUCGAGUUGGAAGGACCGCUUAUCACUCCUGGAUCAGGCAUCGAUGUUCUUUACAUUGGCCCUCUGAAAGGAGGCAUAUACUCCAGCCCUGGACUUUACAGCAAAACAAUGACGCCCACUUACGACGCUCAUGAUGGAAGCCCCUUGUCACCAACUUCUGCCUGGUUUGGCGACAGUGCUCUGUCAGAAGGCAAUCCCGGGAUACUUGCUGUCAGUCAGCCGGUAACAUCGCCAGAAAUACUGGCAAAGAUGUUCAAGCCUCAAGCUCUUCUUGAUAAAGCAAAAACGAACCAAGGGUGGCUUGAUUCCUCGAGAUCGCUAAUGGAGCAGGAUGUGAAGGAAAAUGAGGCCUUGCUACUCCGGUUCAAGUACUACAGCUUUUUUGAUUUGAAUCCAAAGUACGAUGCUAUCAGAAUCAAUCAACUUUAUGAGCAGGCCAAGUGGGCUCUUCUCCUGGAAGAGAUUGAAUGCACCGAGGAGGAGAUGAUGAUGUUUGCAGCCUUGCAGUAUCAUAUCAAUAAGCUGUCAAUCAUGACGUCAGAAAACCAUCUGAACAACAGUGACAAAGACGUGGAUGAAGUUGAUGCUGCCCUUUCUGAUCUGGAGAUCACUUUGGAAGGCGGGAAAACAUCAACAAUUCUGGGUGACAUUACUUCAAUUCCAGAACUUGCUGACUAUAUUAAAGUUUUCAAGCCUAAAAAGCUGACUUUAAAAGGGUACAAGCAGUACUGGUGCACGUUCAAAGACACAUCCAUCUCCUGCUAUAAGAGCCGAGAAGAGUCCAGUGGUACACCUGCUCAUCAGAUGAAUCUCAGAGGAUGUGAAGUUACCCCAGAUGUAAACAUUUCGGGCCAAAAAUUUAACAUAAAACUCCUAAUUCCAGUUGCAGAGGGCAUGAAUGAAAUUUGGCUUCGUUGUGAUAAUGAGAAGCAAUACGCACACUGGAUGGCAGCCUGCAGAUUAGCUUCCAAAGGCAAGACCAUGGCGGACAGUUCCUAUAAUUUAGAGGUUCAGAACAUCCUUUCCUUCCUGAAGAUGCAGCAUCUUAACCCAGAUCCCCAGCUAAUUCCAGAGCAGAUCACAACUGACAUCAAUCCCGAGUGCCUGGUAUCCCCUCGCUACCUAAAAAAGUAUAAGAACAAACAGAUAACAGCAAGAAUCUUGGAGGCCCAUCAGAAUGUAGCCCAGAUGAGUCUGAUUGAAGCCAAGAUGAGAUUCAUUCAAGCUUGGCAGUCUCUGCCUGAGUUUGGCAUCACACACUUCAUCGCGAGAUUUCAAGGUGGCAAGAGAGAAGAACUUAUUGGAAUUGCAUACAACAGAUUGAUUCGGAUGGAUGCCAGCACGGGAGAUGCCAUCAAAACAUGGCGGUUCAGCAACAUGAAGCAGUGGAAUGUCAACUGGGAGAUCAAAAUGGUCACCGUGGAGUUUGCAGAUGAGGUCCGGUUGUCCUUCAUCUGUACUGAAGUAGACUGCAAGGUGGUCCAUGAGUUCAUUGGUGGUUACAUAUUUCUCUCAACUCGGGCCAAAGACCAGAAUGAGAGCUUAGAUGAGGAGAUGUUCUACAAACUCACCAGUGGUUGGGUGUGAACAGGAAACUGUGUAAAGAAACUGCACAGCCAUAACAAUAUUUAACUUUAAAGCUAUUGUUUCUUAUAUGCUGCUUAAUAAAGUAAGCCUGAAAUUUAUCAUUUUAUCAUGAAAACUCUUUGCCUUAUCAGACCGGUUAAUGUGUACACUAACAAGCAUGGUUAUUAACCUGCUACCAUGAUGCAGUAUGUGGACUGUGGAAUGUAGACGUUCCCUAGGGCCACACAUUGAAAUCUGAAGCAGGGGGUGAAUCGGGAACCAGCUGUUGCUGAUUGACACUAGCCAAACCAAGAAACAAGCCAUCUACUACCAGGUUACCCAGGGUGUAACCUAUAUGAAGUCUAUUUAUCAUGUAUAAUGCAUGUGUUUAAUGUAUGUCUAAUUUGAUGCCCUCUUUUUAAAUACCUUACUUCUGGUAGCUGGUUAGCCCCUCUCCUAAUAUAAAAUCGGGUCUGCAGCAGAUGCUUGGUGUUCAGUGACACCGUUGACCUUGAAGGGAGCGCUAUUGAUCUGUUCUCCUUGAAGAAGCAUGUUGUAUGUUGUUUCAAGCAUGUUGUAUGUUGUUUCGUGUUUACUUUGCACCAGACUGUAUUACAACACUCUUAGUAUUCACCAGCAUAUUCACUGUCUGCUAAAAUAUGCGACCUUUGUGUUCCGAUAUGAAGAAAGUUCUAUGAAGUAUGCAUUUUGUGUAACUAAUGUACAAACACAAAUUUUAUAAAAUUGUACAGUUUUUUUUAAAAACUAUUCACAUCUAGGAAAUGGCUUAAAUGUAGCAUCCUCGCAUUAAUUAAAUGCUCUUAAAGUAUAUAAUGAAUAUGCAGUUUUAGUAUCUGCUAAAUUAAGAAUGCCUUCAUGAUGGUCAUGACUUGCCGUGAUGUCCUUAACUUUACCGCCUGCACUGGCUCUGUUCCGGUCGCUGCGCUGUUACAGUCUGCAUUGGUGCUAGCUAGAAAACUCCUAGCUCACGAGCCCAGAGGGUGCCAGGGAGGGUGGACCUACCAGUAUUUUCUGAUAAUCCAUGAUUUAAAGACUGUAUAAAUGCAAUUUAUUUUAAAUAAAAGCAAAACCUUUUAUUUAA